GUCUUCCUCUCGUGAGAUCUCGCGGUGUUUUCCAAGGCUGUGUAGUGUGUGCGCGACAGGGACAAGGAAAGAUGGCGACGCAGGAGACAGAGCCGACCAAGGCUACCGUGACCAACGGCGAGGUCAGUACCAAUGGCAGUGCAACAACGACAACAGAUGGCCAGACUGUGCAGGCAAAUGCACAGGAUCCACAGCAACAGCAGCCACAGCAAGCGCCAAACGCAUGGCAAGUCAUAAAAGGAGUCCUCUUUAGAAUCUUUAUAAUAUGGGCUAUUAGUAGUUGGUUUCGACGAGGGCCAGCAACUCCUGACCCCAACACUCCAGCUGGGGCGCCCAGAGUUCCCAGCAGAAACCUCUUUGCCAAGGACACUCUCAUGGACAUGUAUGUCUAUGUUUCCCAAGAGGAGGUUUUCUCUGACUUCAACAACACAGAUGCCCUGUUCUGGUUCCACAGGGAUCUGGUCUAUGGAGACUGGACCACAGGAGAGGAUGGAGAUGGCUGCUAUCAGAACUAUAAGGAGAUGGACAUCCCAAAGAAAAUACAGCAGAAUGGCUCUCUCUACAUACAUGUAUACUUCACUAAAAGUGGAUUCAAUCCAGACCCAAAACGCAAGGGACAGUAUCGUAGACUUGCAACAGUUCAUGCAUCAAGAAUGCUAAAUAAGUUCAAACGAAGAAAGUUUCUAAAGACAAAGAACUUGCUUACGGGGGAGACAGAGGCAGAUCCCGAGAUGAUUAAGCGGGCAGAAAGCCAUGGGCCAGUAGAGAUAAUUUCCCAUUGGCACCCCAAUCUCACUGUUAACAUGGUAGAUGACCACACCGCUUGGGUCAAAGGCUCCGUUCCUCCUCCUCUAGAUCAACAUGUUAAGUUUGAUGCUGUCAGUGGCGACUAUUACCCUAUAGUUUACUUUAAUGACUACUGGAACCUCCAAAAGGACUACUAUCCCAUCAAUGAGACUCUGACGAAGCUCCCCCUUCGUCUGACCUUCUGUCCCCUCUCUCUGUGGAGGUGGCAGUUGUAUGCUGCCCAGAAUGCUCGCUCGCCUUGGAACUUCCUCCCUGAGGACACAUAUGAGCAGUCUGAUGAAGAUCAAGACUCUGUCAAGGUGGCACUUCUGGAGACCAACCCAUAUCUCCUUGGACUGACGAUUGUCGUGUCAAUUGUGCACAGCAUUUUUGAGUUUUUAGCCUUUAAAAAUGAUAUCCAGUUUUGGAACAGUCGACAGUCCUUGGAAGGGUUGUCUGUGCGGUCCAUUAUUUUUGGCGUGUUCCAGUCACUAGUGGUCCUGCUGUACAUCCUGGACAAUGAAACCAACUUUGUUGUUCAAGUGAGCGUCUUCAUUGGCCUUCUCAUUGACCUAUGGAAAAUUACCAAGGUCAUGGAUGUCAAAUUGGACAGAGAAAACAAAAUCGCUGGGGUAAUUCCAAAAUUGGUCUUCACAGACAAGUCUACAUAUGUGGAGUCUUCAACCAAGAUCUAUGAUGAUAUGGCAUUUAAAUACUUGUCCUGGUUCCUUUAUCCCCUGUUUGGCUGCUAUGCUGUUUACAGUUUAUUGUAUGUAGAGCACAAAGGCUGGUACUCCUGGGUACUCAGUAUGCUCUAUGGAUUCUUGUUAACUUUUGGUUUUAUCACCAUGACACCACAGCUUUUCAUCAACUACAAAAUGAAAUCUGUGGCACACCUCCCAUGGAGGAUGCUCACAUACAAAGCCCUCAAUACCUUCAUUGAUGACCUGUUUGCCUUUGUCAUCAAGAUGCCCAUGAUGUACAGGAUAGGAUGCCUCAGAGACGAUGUUGUCUUUUUCAUUUACCUGUAUCAGCGCUGGAUCUAUCGCGUGGAUCCCAACAGAGUAAAUGAAUUUGGCACUAGUGGAGUGGACCAUUCCCAGAACAACACCGCAGCAGAGGUAACAUCCUCUGAAUCCACAGCUGUCACCAACAAAUCAGAUGGAGAGAAGAAGAACGAUUAAAGCAUUACUACAACUUGAUCUGCAUUCUGUGGCAAGAGUAACGGAGUGAAGAGGACUUAUACACGGCAAGGAGGGUAGUUGCUGAUAGCAGUCAAGGACACCAAUAUUAAAAAGCAGAUCAGCUGUUUCCAGUGCUUCUGUGUUGAUUCACGGAGAUUCAUAAUCUGUGUAGACUUGAUACAUUUUUUUUUGUUCUCAUCCAGCCCUCUCUUUUUGCAGUUCAAGUGAAGUAAAAUGUGAUGUACUGUUGUUUGUAUGAUUUCAAAGGAGAGAUGGUGUGGUGUUGGGAUGGCUGUCGAGAGGGCAAUGAUUUCUGUUGACCACUUUUAUAUAUUUGGAAGAAAGAGACAAAGGGCAAACGUUCUUUAUGUAGAUUAAUUGUGAAUAUUUUUCAUUCCACACACAUUUGGUGAGUUGCACUGGAAGAAACUGGAAAUGUCCGGAGCCAAGCCAAACUAGGAGUUCUCUAACACCCGCCAUCAGACCGUGAAUACUACCUUUUAUAAUACUACUCUUUUAAAUAAACGGUUCAUGUUCAGAACUUGAACAAAAAUAACACCCUCGUUAGUGCAGAUAUUAAUAUUGUCAUCUACUUGUUCAGUCACAUACCCUGAAUCUGGGAAGUUUUCACAAUGAGUAGGCUACUAACAAUUCUCCAAAAAGCUAUAGACAAUUUGAAAGUCUUAAUCCCUCUUAAAAUGGUAGGGCCUGUUUUUAAACAACAUGCUCCACAAAAGAUGGACCUGACAGACAUUCAGGGCUGAUCUGAAGAACCACACCACUGUUUUUAUGUGCUGUAAAUCCUGAAUCCAAAAGGGUUUAAUGUCGGUCCAUAUUAAAUUUUGAACAUCCAUGUUUAUAUUAAAAUAAGUGUGAUUUAAA